AAAAAAAAAAAAAGUUAUGUCAAAGAAUAUGUCAUUCAUUUCAUUUUCAUUUAGCAAAUCAUGAAUAUUCGUUCUGUCGCUUUGUGAGAGAUUUCUUUAAAAUAUAUAUUAUAUUUUUAACUGUGCGUUUAAAUAAAUAUUUAUUGGUAAAAUGGCAGACCAAGGUUCACAAGGUGGAGACACAGGCCCACCGAAGGGCAUCCCUGCAUUGAAGGCACAUGUGGCAGCCAACAAGGUGGAUGUGGCACUCUGGGGUAUUCGUGUGCUCACCGUACUGUUCACAAUAGGAUAUGUCUUACCAAUAAUUAACAAUCCAGUGUCAGCGUUCUACAAGGCGCUGCUUGCGAACGCAGCAACGUCCGCGCUGAGGCUGCACCAGAGGAUCCCGGCGCGCGACAUCUCGCUGUCCCGGGAGUUCCUCGCCAGGUUCUUCCUGGAGGAUAGCGCGCACUACCUUUUCUACUCCCUAAUCUUUAUGAACGUCACGCCCAAUCUUUUGAUAUUGGUGCCCAUAUUUUUAUUCGCCAUGCUGCACGCCGCCUCGUACUCCUUGACUCUUCUAGACACGCUGGGCCAGAACUCGAUGUGGGUGGCGCGGCUGCUCAUCUCGCUGGUGGAGUUCCAGUCGCGGAACAUCCUGCGCGUGGCCGCGCUCGCUGAGAUCGUCGUGUUCCCGCUCGUCGCACUCAUGGCGCUCUUCGGGUACUGCGGGCUGCUGACGCCAUUCGUGUACUACUACUUCGUGACGUGGCGGUACGCGUCGCGCCGCAACCCCUACACGCGCAACAUGUUCCGCGAGCUGCGCGUGGCGGCCGAGCGCCAGGCCGCGCGGCCUGCACUGCCGGCAGCGCUGCGGUCCACCAUCCUCGCCGGCGUCCGCCUCGUCGAGAGGAUGGCGCCGCCGCUCGAGGCCGUGCACCAAUAACCCUACUGCAAACAGCAGGGACGAUCACAGUGCGAGCGCGGCGCCGCUCCACCAAACGAGUCAUCAUCAAACGAUAUCAAGACGUCACAAUAUGUAUUUAAGUACGAAAUGAACAAAUCAACAAAGCUCUACUCACGUCAAAAGGCACGGACGAUGGUAACCAGCACCAAACCAAUCUACCGAUAGUUAUAUUUAUUUAUUUAUUAUAUCAAUGCAACAGAUUACAAAUUAAUACAUUAAUAAAAUAAAUACUACAUAAAACGGCAUUAAAUUUGCACUCCAACAACUGCUCUGCAUAACAUUCGAUAUUAUAUACAUUAAGAGAAUGACGGCUAUAGAUUUAAUGUAACAAAUUGGCAGCCUUAAUGUAACAUUGCAAGGAUUGUUGGAAAAUAUCAAGCUCCUUGCAUACAUAUGUGUUUGUUACAUGCAUGAGAAAGAACAAGUCGCGCUAAUCUUGCUGUCUCUUUUUACCACAACUACUUUUUAAAUGGUAAUUAAUAGCUUUUCAAUGUUGCUAUACGAAACAGUUGCCAAAGUAACAUUUUUUUAAAUUUUCUAAAGUUUUUGAUAAUUAUAAUUUGUCUGAUUUUGUUAAGGAAAAUGUAUGGGACCAUCCUACAAGCGAUUUCGUUUUAAUAAAAUCAUUAAAAUCGGUUUACAGUUGGCGACCAUAUAGCGUAAUUUGCGUACAAAAAAAACUUAAUUAAAAAGAUUACAGAUUUCACUAAAUAAAUUAUAAUAAAAAUCAUAAUUAUUCAUGGUUUUGGUAUUUUUAGAACUAACUUUAUACUAAAAUUGACUAACUACUUUAGUUUUUAUUGGUAUGUUAAAAUAUUAUGGAAUAUACCCUAUUAAGGCUGCUUCCUGAUUUGUCGAUAUUGUUUCACUUGAUAAGCUUGCGCUGGACUUGGAUUUUACCGCGCAAAUCGGAAAAUAACACGUACCGUAUCGGUACAGAGGUGAUCGUGUAAGACGCCUAUUAUCCACACUUAAGUUGUGGAAUGAGCUCUCAGCCAAGGUUUUCGCUAGAGACUACGAUAUGAGGUUCUUCAAAAAAGGUAUAUUAACCCGUGGAGCGAUCGGCUGUAGGCUUGUUAGCUACACCCACUGCGUUACCAAUUUUUUAAAUUACAAAUUUUCAAUUGGAGGUUAUGGAUAAAUGAUACCUAUGAUAUCGAUACCCGCUGCUGAUUUUCACCAUCGUACAACCCGCCACAAACUAAAGUUUCAUCCCAAUCAUCUGGACGAGUGGCGGUCUUCCACCGUGCGUUUUUCAAGGCACUUUCUUCCACGCACAACCAUUCUUUGGAAUCAACUCCCAGCAGCAGUAUUUUCGAACCGAUACGACAACAUAACCUUCAAGAAAAGAGCAUAUUCCAUUUUAAAAGGCCGGCAGCACACCUGCAAUGCCGCUGAUGUUGUGAGUGAUCAUGGGCGGCGGUAGUCACUUACCAUCAGGUGAGUCGUAUGCUCGUUUGCCCCCUGUGUUGUAAAAAAAAAAUGGGUUUAUUACUUACAUAAAUUAGUGGGUAGUAAACACUGUUGCAUUAGCGCGCGGUACCACAUUUUUGGUCGGUACAGCGUAUGAUGCAUAAACGCUCGAGGGGUCAAGGUUUCUUCAGGGUCGGCAACGCGCACGUGACAACCCUAGUGUUGCAGAUGUCCAUAGGCUACAGUGACCGUUUGCCACCUUUGUGGUAUAAAAACAAA